CAAAUAUGAUCCUGCGGAGGACCUAUGUCCCUUCGGCAGCGCUGAUACGCGCACUCGCACGACCGCAAUCGCCACGAUGUGCCUUCGCCCGCCCGCUCCCCGCACAAUUUGUGCGCGGCAAGAAAACAAAGUCCCAGAAGGCGCGAGAAGCCGAGACGGCAAGAUUGGCGUGGAAUGCUCGUAAGGAGCGGCGCGCAGAAGAGGCGGAGGAGGAUGAAGACAGGGCUGAGCAGCAAAAAGCGCAAGAUGCUCUGGAAAAGAUGAAAAAAGACCCAAUACAUGGUGCUACCGCAAAGGAAGUGCUCAAAGUUAUGAAGCUCUCGCAGGAUCCAGAGGCAUUCGAGAAGAUUUUUGAGGGCGGAGAGAGGCCAAUCUUCAAGGAUGGCGAGGAAAGAUACUUCGAGUUCUUCGAGGAGGAUCCAGUUACAGGCGAGCGAGUCAAGGUUGACAAGCUGGGCAGCGAAGCAGAUCAGGUCAAGGAGGUGGAGACGCUGGAGAUGAUCAAGAAGUACAUGGCGGAUCCCAAAUACGAUGCAGCUGAGCUGAACAAGCGCAUGAUGGACAAGCUUAUGGCAGAUCCUGCGUUCGCAGACCUCACAGAAGAUCUGAAGGAGAUCAAGGAAGAGAUCUUGUCCAAGGAGGAGGAGAAGGAGCUCGAAGAGCAAGCCAGGAAAGAUGCGGAGCCAGACAUCAAAGAGAUGGGGACGCAGAUUCGAGCCACAAUUCAGGAGGCAAUCAUCAAACUCUACGACGAUCCUGAUGUUGGCGAUGCCAGAGAGGAUCUCGGAGCUGUGCUUCGCAAGCUGCCAGAGAUCGAGGACCUCGAGGACCCUGAACUGCAGCGGCUCUUGGACAGAGCCACUGAAUCCGUCAAUCAGAACCCCAUACUCCGAGCAAAACUCGAUGCCAGCAACGAGCUUGAGACCGAGGAAGAGAAGCAGGAAUGGGCUGCCUUCGAGAAGGAGAUUGACGACCUACUGGAGCCGGACGAUCCGGAAGACUUCCCCAACCUCGAAAAUCCGGAAGAGAUGAACCAGCUGCUCGUUGAAAUGCGCGAGCUCAUGAAAGAAAUCGAAAACAGCGACGAGCUCACCAAGGAGCUAGACAAUGGCGCAGAACUUCCCACAGAAGAGCAGGCAGAGCAGCUCGCUGCGUCAGUCGCUCGCUUUGCAGAGCUUCACGGCUCGAGCGACCCCACUAGCAAAUCCUCGAUCACCGCAUCCACGGCCACGGAUACCGCAACUACCGCGAACCCUGACGCGGAACAAGAGGAGCACAUCUCGCCAGAAAUGCAAGCGAAAGUCGACAAACUCAUGAACGACCCGCGCCUCCUCGAGAAACUCACUUACAUCCAGAAACUCAUGGCCGAAGCCGCACCCCCGCGCGAUCCUAAUGAUCUGACCCAGAUUGACGUCGAGCUCGCCCCAGAUCCCUACGAGAUGGAGGAUUCGCGCACCGCGACCCUGGCCCAGCGAAUGGCCAUCGCUCGCGCAGAUCCAGAACACCGUGCCGCCCUGAAAGCUCUGAAGGUGAAGCUGCAACCAAUGUACAAUAUAUCGCCUGCCCUAAAGGGCUUCAACCAGGCAAUAUCUUUUGCAUACGUGGGCGCGAAUGACGACGUGCGCCGUGUGCUCUGGCGGUGCUACCAAAAAGCACGUAGACUGCCCACGUUUCUGCAGAAUUUGAGCGACGAUGCAUGGGACAUUCUCUACUACAGUCAGGCAGUCACUUGGGCCGGCAACCAGAACCGCACAGAUCAUCUCAAGGCUUUGCUUGCUGAUCUGGCCACGGUUGGUAAGAAUGGGCCGCCUACGCACCCGAGCCAGCUGGGACAGGUCCAGGAAGCUGCCCGGCUGGAGGCGGCGCAGCAAGAACAGAGAGAGGCCAAGUGGAGAGCAGGCAGGAUGGAUGCGCAGGUGUAAGCGACGACAAUGAUGAGUGUACAAUAGCACAUGAUACCCCUCUUGCGGAACUGAGCCCUGUGAUGAUGUGCCUCCAGGAGUUUUGGUGACAGGGUCUGACCCACUGCAACAUUCGGUAUGUUCAAUAUUGCUUCAGGUUCAGGGUCAGUGGGUCCUGACGUAUGCGGGCGCUCCUUCGAGACAUCGUUCGCUGAAGAAGUUGCGGCCAGAUGCGCCGUUGGCCCAACACAGAAACGGGAGCAGGAGGGAAGGAGACCUGGCUUUAGUAGAGCGCACAGCGGUGAGGAUUCAACUGGCUCCUCGCUGGGUCUCUUCAUCUUGGGCAAAUCGCGCAACAUUGAAAUCCCUGUUUCCCAAGUAUCCACUAACAUUGAGCGAUUUCACUCGUGGGGGCCUCAUUGAAUUCAGUCACGC